UUUGAUCUCCAUUAUAUCUCCUUCACUCUGUGUGUUGCGUAUUUCUGUUAUCAAUAUUUAACGACUGGCCAGGAAACCACUGUCCUGGGAUUGUUUCCUGCUCUCUGUGUAGUCUGUGAGAGAGGAGAGAGAGCAAGCCGGUUUGCAAGGAUUACAUCAUUUAGUCAGUGGCUGCUGUGGACCCUGGAGACAUUCUCAUUGGCGAGAUAUAAAAAUGGGGAAGCUGGAGGUGUGAUGCAGUGCUCUGCGACUUAGCUCAGAAAGAGCUGCACAUCAUUUGUUCCCAGACGCUGGGGCUUGUCUUGAGGGAGAGAGGCUGAGCUGUGAUUUCCAUCCCCAGCAAGCUGGCUUCUUGCCCUGAGCCGGGUGGAUGCACUGGGUGCAUUGGCAAGCGACUGGGUUCACACUCUGUGUAAUGUGCUAAGUCCUGGCUGGAAGGUGGGUGAGAAGAUGCUCAGACACAAAAGCUCUGAGUCAGAGGAGGACAGGAAUGCGCUGAUAGCCCUGGAGAAGGACGGAUCGCAGCUUUUAAUGGACACGUAUGGCAGCACGCAGCGGAAUGGAAACUACUACCCCACCUGCUGUGAUGAGGAAGGUGAUGAGGACUUCUACAUCGGUUCUCAUGGGAAUUACAGCCCCGACCACAAAGGAAAUUACUUCCGGGAUGGGACAACCAAAGUGGAUUUCGUGCUGGUUUGGGAGGUGAAAGCGAAGACGCAGAAGGAUGAGCGCGCCGCCGCGAAAGGCAGCGCGUCCCAAAAGCACCAGAAAUGGAAAGACAAGUUUGUGAGGAAUCUACAGAAUGCUGGACUCCACAUGGAGCAGGAGGAGACCGUCACUGAGAGGAAGAGCAUUUGCUAUCUGAAGCUGAGCGCACCUUGGGAUGUGUUAGUCUAUUAUGCGGAGGAGCUGUGUAUGAGAGCACCCUUGCAGGCACAGCCCAAUCCCAGCAUGAACUCAUCAGAGGAGAUCCUGAGAAAGCUGCGAAUCCCAAACUACCUGUCGGAGCCGGUGCCCAACAAGCCUCUGGAUUACUACACGUGCCCAUUCCGCAGAUCCAAACUGCAGAGGUUUUUGGGAAGCGAUGAUCAUGAGACCUAUUUUACAAACACUCAACGGCACCGCAUUGUGUAUGAAAUUCUGGCUAGAACAGUGUAUGGGAAGAGGAAGCGGGCUGAGAUCGGAAUUGACCGCUUGUUAAAUGAAGGAGUUUUUGCUUCUGCAUUCCCGCUGCAUGAGGGCCCGUUUGAGCUGCCAGACUACGUCGUCCCCGCGGAAGAACUGAACCCGAGGCAAGUUCUGUACAACUACUGGGCUCGCUGGGCCAAGUGGUGCAGGUACCAGCCGCUGGAUCACAUCCGCGAGUACUUUGGGGAAAAGAUCGCCAUUUACUUUGCCUGGCUGGGGUUUUACACGGCCUGGCUGUUGCCAGCUGCUCUCGUCGGGACGUUUGUCUUUAUAUCUGGGCUGAUCUCGAUGAAGACCAACAAGCAAAUAGAAGAGGUCUGUAACAGCAGCAGCCAGUACCUCCUGUGUCCUUUGUGUGACAACUGUGGCACGUGGAACCUCUCAGAGACCUGUUCCAUGGCUUACAUGGGUUACCUCUUUGACCACCCAGGCACCGUCUUCUUCAGCAUCUUCAUGUCUCUGUGGGCCGUGGCCUUCCUGGAGUACUGGAAACGGACCAACGCCAUGUUGGCCCAUCACUGGGAUUGUGCAGACUUCCAGGAGGAGGAGGAGCGGCCGAGACCUGAGUUUGCUGCCAUGGCACCGAAAAUGGAACAGAAUCCCAUCACUGGGGUCAAGGAGCCGCACUUUCCGGAGAGGGACCGGCUUUCCCGCGUCAUCACAGGUUCCAUGGUCAUCAUCGUCAUGCUCUUUGUGGUGAUGAUCUUCUUGGUGACGGUGAUCAUGUACCGUGGGAUCAUCAGCCUGAUGAUGUACCAGACCGGCAACUCCAUCCUCAUCACCCAGGCUGGGAACAUUGCCAACAUCAGCAGCUCCAUGGUGAAUCUCAUGCUCAUCCUCCUGAUGAGCCAGGUCUACACCUCACUGGCUGAGCAGCUCACCCGAUGGGAGAUGCACCGCACGCAGACGCAGUUCGAAGACGCCUUCAUCUUCAAAGUGUUCGUGUUCCAGUUUGUGAACUUCUACUCCUCCCCGUUUUACGUGGCGUUCGUUAAAGGCAGGUUUGUGGGCUACCCGGGGCACUAUGGCAAGCUGUUCGGCAUGAGGAACGAGGAUUGUGGGCCUGGAGGGUGCCUGAUCGAGUUGGCCGAGCAGCUUUUCAUCAUCAUGGUGGGGAAGCAGAUCAUCAGCAACAUCCAGGAGUUUAUCAUCCCCAAGCUGAAGACCUGGUGGCAGAAACGGAAGCUGUCUCUCCUGCGAGGUUCUCAGAUCUGCCAGGCACCCAGACGCUGGGAGGAGGAUUAUGAGCUCAUCGACUGCGAGGGACUGUUUGAGGAAUAUCUGGAAAUGGUGCUGCAGUUUGGCUUCAUCACUAUCUUCGUGGCUGCGUUCCCGUUGGCUCCGCUCUUCGCUCUGCUUAAUAACUGGGUGGAGAUCCGCCUGGACGCCCAAAAGUUUGUGUGUGAUUACCGGCGGCCGGUGGCGGAGCGGGCUCAGGACAUCGGGGUCUGGUUCAACAUCCUGGAAGCCCUGGCUCAGCUCUCAGUCAUCAUCAACGCUUUUCUGAUUGCGUUCACGUCUGACUUUCUGCCCCGCCUGCUCUACCAGUACGAGUAUGACAGUGACCUGAAUGGAUACGUGAACUUCACACUGGCCUACUCCCCACGAAGCAACAGCAACUACACCAUGUGCAGGUACAAAGCUUUCCGGGAUCCAGAUGGGAAUCUCACGCUCUUCUACUGGAAGCUGCUGGCAGUUCGACUCGGAUUCAUUAUUGCCUUUGAGCACGUGGUGUUCUUCAUCCUGAGAGUGAUUGACUGGCUGGUGCCCGAUGUCCCCGAGUCGCUGGAGGUGAAGGUGAAGCGGGAGCGAUAUCUGGCCAAACAGGCACUGGCGGACAAUCAGGAUGCUCUCCUGCAGUGUGGCGUUGCCCUAGGAUCGUCGCUGUCGCCCAGAUUCCCAGACUGGAUGUGAAUGGAUCUCCUUCGUGACGGGCUGUGGAGAUGCACAUUCCCAAAGGCCACGAGAUGGAGCUGCUGGAGGAGAGCCUGACGGACGGGCCCUGCUCACCCAACCACGUGGCCGUGUGCAAA